AUGUUCACCAUUUCAACCAUCAUCUUUUUCACCAUUCUCUACAAUAUUUAUUGGUACUUUUUGAGAAAGGAAAAGUCUCUCAAAGGUAAAAAUGUUCUCAUCACUGGUGGAUCUAGAGGAAUUGGUCGUCUCGUUGCUGAAAUUCUUCUCUCCAAAGAACAAGUGAAUUGUAUUGUCAUUUGGGAUGUGGAUCAAAAUUCACUUCAAGAAUGUCAAUCAACCUUCUCUAAACAAUAUGGUCAAGAUCGUAUCAUUACUUGUCAAGUAGAUAUUUCUGAUCAUGAAAAAGUCUAUCGAGAACGUGACAAUCUCUAUGAAUUAUUUAAAAAUAGAAAAUUACAAAAUCCAAAUUCAGAAUGUUCAGGAAGUAUUGAUAUUUUAAUUAAUAAUGCAGGUAUUGUGAAUGGUAAACCAUUAUUACAAACCUCAGAUGAUCGUAUUAAUAUGGUAUUAAAUGUCAAUACCAUUUCACAUUGUUAUACAGUCAAAGCAUUCCUUCCAGAAAUGAUCAAAAAUCAAAACACAUCUCCUCAUAUUGUAACCAUUGCUAGUGCUGCUGCAUUGUGUGGAACUUCAUCAUUGUGUGAUUACAGUGCCAGUAAAUUUGGUGCAUUUGGAUUCAAUGAAGCAUUGAGAUUGGAAAUGAAACAUUUGAAAUACAAUAUUGAUACCACUUGUGUCUGUCCAUUCUAUAUUCGAACAGAUUUAUUUGCUGGAAUUAAAGAUGUCAUUCCAUAUCUAUUCCCUGUAUUAGAUCCAAACUAUGUUGCAAAUAGAAUUGUUCAGGGAAUUAAAAAGAGAGAAGAAGUGGUUGUUAUUCCAGAAAUGUUAAGAAUUACUUACUUGUUGAGAUUUUUAUUGCCAGUCUCUGUAUUUGAUCGAUUGGUAUCAUGGAUGGGAAUUAGUAGUAGUAUGGAUCAUUUCAUUGGAAGAAAGUCAAGUGAUGAUACGACUUCAGUCCAAUCAGAUUCGAAUAAGAAGAAUUUGUAA